AAGCGAGUCAUAUUGCACCCCCGAGUACCAGAGGUCUGAAUGACAGCAUACGAUCAUCUGCAAACAGCUAUCGCGGCCCACCUCCCUCCGCUCACUCACGUUCGGUCUCGGCGGCAUCUUCUCGCAUGACUUCAGGCAGCUCGUCUUUUUCUAGCAGUGUUGGCUAUGGUUCGCGGCCGCCAUCUAGCCUCCGCUCCAGUCGACCCCAGAACCAUUUAUCACACAGCCGAAGUCAAUCUCAUACGUCUCAUAAUAACUUCAGACCAGGAAGCUCGUCAAGCAAUUACACCCAGCACAAUGGAUCGUUCGCGCCGGCCAACAAAGGUACAUAUCCGAUUUCACUAUCUUUCAACCCGCCAGUCCUGCAGCCGAAACAACGAGCUGUCAGCGACAACCGGGAAUAUAUCUACUAUAAAAAUCCACGACAAACAAGUGUUCCUUCUCAACCUCUUACGACCCAAGCACUCUUGCAAUCACAGUCAUGUAUUUCUCUUCGUUCCGCUUUUCAGGGUCUCAAAAUCGACCCAUUUUCUUACGAGUCAAUUCAAGAGGAGGAUCUUUCUGAGCAUGAAGCUCGCAAUGCUGAGGCAACCCCGUCAAAGAUUCCUCGUCUUCGAACUUCUAUCAAUUAUUCUCUUUCUGGUCAAUCGCCUUCACCGAAAAAGACGCCAAGUCUGAGAAAGUGUCGCUCUGCUUCGCCUCUCAAGCCAGUGUUCUUGACCAAAGAUUCUAACAGACCUGUGCCAGCUUUCGAACCCGAUCUCGAGAUGGACUCGACGUGGACGAAGCAAUUCGAACAUAUUAAAGAUACGAUAUCGAAACACAACGCCGGCGAAGAGGAUAGGAAGGAAGUGAUCCGACUCUACAAAACGAGAAGUAGGUUGU